AUGGGCUUCCUCGGGAUUCUGGAGGAUAAGCAUCUUCUUCAUGUACCUGCAACGGUCGUCCUUGAAGAACAACAGGAGCAGGAUGCCACCCUAUUCAGAGGCGAAGGGUUGAAGCAUGGAACCGGCAGGCAUGCACACAUCGUCCUUGUGCCUCAGCCCUCGGAUGAUCCAAAUGAUCCACUGAAUUUCUCGUCCACGAAGAAAUUGAUCAUGAUGCUCAUUGUCGGCUUUGGCUCAAUUUUGUAUGCUGCAACUGUCGCUCCACUGCUCAGCCCUGGCCUCGUCGUGAUUGCCACAGAAUUCAAUCGACCUAUCGGAGACAUCACUGUCAUAUCCGGCUAUCUGCUCUUGGUCGUCGGAGCGACAGGUCCAUUCGUCUCCGCCUUCUCGCGCAAAUGGGGCAAACGGCCGGUAUUGCUCCUUUCUUCACUAUUCGGCCUCAUCGGUACCAUCAUUGGCUCCUGCGCAAAUACAUAUGAUACACUUCUGGCGGCGCGCAUUGUCCAAGGUUUCAGCAUCUCGGCCUUUGAGAGCCUGAUCAUCUCGAUGAUCGGAGACCUUUACUUCGUUCACCAGCGCGGCCACUUCAUGGCUAUGAUGCAGUUCAUCAUGGGAGCAGCGUCCAACUUCUCCGCCGUCAUCUGUGGACCCGUCACUGCUAAUCUGGGAUGGAAAUAUCUCUUCCACAUGUUUAUACCCUUUGCCGCCAUCGAAUGCAUCCUCCUCUUCCUCUUCGUCCCCGAGACGCAAUACAUCCGCGACCGUCGCUACGAGCUGGACGAAAUCGCCGCCGACGACACAACCACCGUGACGACCCAAAAGCGCGAAGACAGCACACAAAUCGAGUCCCUCAAGUCUCCCUCACAGGGAACCACAGCCCCCGUUCCCCCACCCAAAACCUUCUGGCAGCAAACAGCCAUCUUCACCGGCACCUACUCGGCCGACAACUUCCUCCAACUGACCAUCGCGCCCUUCGCCGUCUGCCUCAACCUCGCCGUCCUCUGGAUCGUCAUCGCCUCGGGCAUGGCCGUCGCCUUCCUCGUCGCGCAAUCGUACGUCAUGGCGCAGCUCUUCUCCGCGCCGCCCUACCUGCUCUCCGCGUCGGGCGUCGGCUACCUGUCGAUGGGCCCCUUCAUCGGCGGGCUACUUGGAGCCCUCGCGGCGGGCGCCGCCAGCGACCCGCUCAUCACAUGGGCGGCGCGGCGCAACAACCGCAGUACUGGGGGCGCCGUCUACGAGCCCGAGUACCGGCUGCUGUUGGUCGCGCCGGGCCUGCUGAUGGGGGCCGGGCUGAUGCUGUUCGGCUACCUGGCGGAAAGGCAGGUGUCGUUCUACGCGACGGCGACGGCGCAUGGGAUCGACGUGUUUGGGAUCCUGUUCGUUGCGAUUGCGGCGGGCGCGUACGGGAUCGACGCGUAUCGCGACAUGUCGUCCGAGAUCUUCAUCAUCGGGAUGGUGUUUAAGAACUUUGUGUUUUACGGGUUCAGCUAUUUCGUCAAUGAUUGGACGGCCAGGGCGGGCCCGGCGCAGGUGUUUUAUGUCAUGGGCGGCGUGGGGUUUGCGCUGGUGUUGUCGGCGCCGCCGCUGUUUUUCUUUGGGAAGCGGUACCGGAGUUGGUGGCACAGGCACAAUUUGUUGGAGAAGUUGCACGUUAAGACGCAUGCUGAGCUCUGA